AUGACUGCCGAAGUGACCGCUACCAAAACUCGAAAGAAGAUCAAACUGGUGCCCGUAGGACCGUCGCCGAAGAAGACUUCGUUAUCACCAGAGAAAAUCAAGGCCUACUCGUCUCCCAUGCGCUCCCCGUAUCACGCUUCUGUGUCGGGUGCCUUCGAUAACGAUCCAGACGAAGAAUGGGAGUACAUCGAAACGGGGAAUGAUGGAGGGCGGGCGACACUGAAUUCGAACACAUCAAAGUCAUCUAACGACUACAUGCUUGAAUGGAAGCUGAAGCAAUACCUCUAUCUCGAUGAAGUUAUCGGCCGAGAAGCCUCUGGAAAAGCAAUGGCAUGUCAAACAUGUGGAGGAACCCGGUCCGGGAGUUGGUGGAGAUGUCAGGACUGCGUUGGGUCACCUCUCUACUGCAGGGAGUGCUGUUACCAGGAGCAUCUUAACCAUCCUUUCCAUCGCGUUCAGACAUGGAAUGGGGAGUUCUUUACACCAGAUUGGCUAUGGAGGUGUGGAAUUGGGGUCAACCUCUGUCCUAAUCGGAAGUGCGAGCCCAUUGAAGACGACGACGAUGAAGACGACAGGGAUUUCCAGGAUAAGGGCCAGACCGAAUGGGACCUCGGCGACGAUCUUAACUUUAACGCGAAACCAAAAGGCCGCAUCCUAGGGGGGUGUAAAGUUCUGGUAGUCGUACACUCCAACGGAGUACAUUACCUCCCUUUCCACUUCUGUCACUGUAUGGACGCCGUCGAAAGCGAUAUUCAACUUCUACGACAAGGAUUCUAUCCUUCCACCUCACAGGAUGUCCGUACGGUCUUCACAUUUACCCUCCUCGAUGACUAUCUUCUCCAAACGCUGGAAUGUGCGACCUCGUCCCACCAUUACUACUCGAAGCUAAGACGACUGACCAACGAACCAUUCCCUGGAACUGUCCCGGACCGUACACGAGAGUUGAGAAGGGUCGGCAGACAGUGGCGGCGCCUGAAGGAACUUAAGCGCCACGGGUUUGGCCAUCUGGACAGAACUCCUGGUAACGGAGACCUGGCCUUAUUUUGCGCGGCUUGUCCACAGCCAGGGAUAAACCUGCCUCCCAAUUGGCAGGACGACCCUGAGCAAUGGAAGUACACCCGAAGUUUCGUAGCCGACGGAAACUUCACCUGUGUUCAUCGCAAACGAGCCAAUCAAGGGGAGGUGUACCUGAAGAACGGGGAGGGGUUCAUGACGGAGAAGGAUCGCUAUCAGAAGCACCUGAAGAUAGCCAAAGAGACAACAGAGACUCCUACAUGCCAUGAACAUCGUGCGAUCGCAGACAAAGGGAAAGUUCACAAAGGAUGUGAUGCGACUGGGAUUGGAGCGAUCGCAUGCAUGAGACAUGGUGCCUUCUGUCCCGGCUCUGUCGUCGAUUUUCAAAAGGGUGAACGUCAAAUAAAUAUGGAUUACGCUUUAGCCCAAAGCGUCACCCUUACAGUCGCCGAUGAAACCAAGCGUAUUAUUCUGGCGUACGAUAUAAAUUGCCAGUACAGCAAGAAGGCGCUUGACCGCCUGGGACAAGGUCGUUACACUCGAAUCCGCACCGACCUGGUGUGGGUUUGGGGAAUCGGCCUUUUCCAUGUGCAUGGGCAUCAGGAGUCGUGCAAUGCCCGUUACUCCCUGACAUACAUCAGAGGCGCUGGCUGCUCGUCAGGCGAGAUUCUCGAGUCGCUUUGGGCGCAAGUGAAUGAAGUGGCUCGAGCUACGUCUACGAUGUCACUCCCCCACCGAGCUGAGGUUCUGGACGCCAUUCUCAACGAUAGUAAUUGGAAAAAACUCAUCAACCUCGUGCCGUCCAUUAGCAAGAACUGGCGUAACAGUCGCCUGCAACUAAUCCGAGCUGAAGAGGACUUCCAGCUCCUCAAUGAGAGUGCCUCCGAAUCUCAGGUUGCACUUUGGCAGGCACAAUUGGACCAGGCGCAUGAGAACCGAACCCGAGAUGUCUCCGUAAUGGAUAUACUCAACGCGGAUGUCGUGAAGCCUCCAACGCUUGCAAAGGUUCGUACGACUCUCAUGGAGAAAGAACGAUCCACAAAUCGCGGGCUUGGGGUUACCUCGUGGCUUCAUAAUGGAAUGCGGAUCCAAGAAUCCCAAAUAAAUCUGAAGGCACAUAUGGCAAGCCUACCGAAGGAGCGGUCGGACGCACAAGAGUUAGAGGUGGCUAAAAAGAGGGAACAGCUUCAGAAGGACAUCAAUGACUUCUACGCUACAGCAUCCACCCUGUUCCCAGAUGCCGACUUCGACGCGCUGAGAGGGGCCGAGGAGUCGACGACGAUUGUUCAGCUUCACGGUGAGGCAGAGGUGGAGGACAUAGAGGAUGACGAGGAUAACCCAUUCUCGAUGACUCACAAUGAAGUCGAAAACGUCAAGAUACCCCUCCCAUCGUCUUUCGAUUCCACCCCCCCCUCUAUGGAACGUGCCCGCGGCAAGGAGUUACGACUGCGAAUAGGUCAGGCGGAAGACGCCCUCGAGAGCGUCCGAACAGAAAUCGGCCAUAAAUCUUUUCUUUACCGAUCGAAUAUCCGUUUGGCUGAGGGAAAGCAGCAGAAAACCAGAGGCUAUGCCUCAGUCAAGGCAGUUAAUAACGACCUACGGCGGUACAUCAAGAUCUACCACCAAGCGCGAUGGGCGCUUACGAGAUUAGGCGCUGAUGCGGAUACCCUCGCUCGUUAUCGGCAGAUCAAGACGGAAGAUACGAAGGCAAUAACAGCUAUCUACAGCCCCAAUGCCCGAGGACAAAGGAACGUUUCAUUGUCCUGGAUAUGGACUUUGAACGUCCAAGGAGACUCGAUGAAAUCCGAGUAUUUGGAGGAACUGUAUAGGGUAAACUGGCUGCGUGCGAAGUCCAGAGCUGAGCGAUGGGAGGAAGAGCAUACACUGUUGACCUAUGAAAUGGACUGGGUGGUAAGGUUCUUCGCUUAUAAGCAGGACCAAUGUCGUCAAUGGGCCGCAAUGAAGCCUGAGUCCCCUGGACAUAACGCCUAUGCCAUGCGACAGUCGGAGAUGUGGAGGCUGAUGUGCAUGAACGCACAGAAAGCGUUUCUGAAAACGCGCCAAUCAGUGUUGAAUCCCGUCCUCUGA